AUUUUAACAUAAUCGAUUAUUGUAAGGAACCGAGGAUAAUAAUUGGGUGCCACGUGUAAAAGCAUAUUCAACGCCGUGAAGAAAAGGAGAAGCAACUUCGCUGCGUUCUCCAUCUCUAAUUACAACACGCUUAAGCAAACCAAAACCUAAAAGUCCGAUCUCUCCUCCCAUCACUCAAAUUGAUUUCUCCUUUCAAUUUCUCAUAUCUUCAAUUUCUAAGAAGAUCGGGGCAGCCUUUUUGCAGAUAGGAGUCAAUCAUGUUUAACCGGCUUUUUGGAAAACCAAAACAGGAAACUAAUGCUCUAACUACGUUAGACAAAUUAAAUGAGACACUUGAGAUGUUAGAGAAAAAAGAGAAAGUACUUUCAAAAAAAGCUAUUGCAGAAGUUGAAAGGGCAAAAGAAUUUACUCGAACAAAGAACAAAAGAGCUGCUAUUCAAUGUCUGAAGAGGAAAAGGCUAUAUGAACAACAAAUAGAACAGCUUGGAAAUUUCCAACUCCGUAUUCAUGAUCAAAUGAUAAUGUUAGAAGGUGCAAAAGCCACUACAGAAACUGUAGAUGCAUUGAGAACUGGAGCCGCUGCAAUGAAGGCAAUGCAGAAAGCAACGAAUAUUGACGAUGUGGAUAAGACGAUGGAUGAAAUCAAUGAGCAGACUGAGAACAUGAAACAAAUUCAAGAGGCUCUUUCAACUCCUAUUGGUGCUGCAGCUGAUUUUGAUGAGGACGAAUUGGAGGCAGAACUUGAAGAAUUGGAAGGUGCUGAACUGGAAGAACAACUUCUUCAACCUGCAACCACAGCUCCAGCAGCUCCAGUGCAGGUUCCAGCAGGCCGGCAACCAAAUCGUCCUGCUGCUCAGAAACAGACAGCUGAGGAAGAUGAACUUGCUGCAUUGCAGGCUGAGAUGGCACUUUGAGCGGGUACUUUUUCCCAGAACACUGAAGAGUUUAUUUAUGGUUACAUUGUGGACAUGGAGUUUCUGCUACUCCUUCGGGGAUCCUGUGUGCAUUAUAUGGUCUGAACAGACAAUGUAUAUAAAGAUUGCGUAAACUAAAGAGACAUUGCCAUUUAAAACUUGUAAUCUGCAUUUUGGAGGUUGAAUCCAGUUUUAAAUCUGUGUCCCCUUGUCUCCAACCUUUUUUAUUUUUCCUUGUGCGGUCAAGCUGAUUCAAACUUCCAUUUUUAAUGUCACCAACUUCUUGUCCUUAAAAUGUCUACCCGACAUAUAUAGCAAAUAAAUUUAUGUUAUAUUUUUGGUGUUGUUA